AAAAAAUGCUACCUUUCCUCACUUUCUUGAUUUCAACCCUCUGCAUUUCUUCUUCCAUACUCGUCGCAACUUCAUUGAACGAAGAAGGCGAAGCUCUCCUCUCAUUCAAAUCCUCCAUUAAAGAAGACCCAAAUGGGUCGCUCAACAACUGGAACUCCUCCGACCAAACCUCAUGUUCUUGGAACGGCAUUACAUGCAAAGACCAAAGAGUUGUCUCCAUCUCCAUCCCCAAGAAGAAACUCUCCGGGUUUCUCUCUCCUUCCCUCGGAUCUCUCUCCGAACUCCGACACAUCAAUUUAAGAAGCAACAAUCUCUCCGGCGAAUUGCCCCCCGAACUUUUCAAGGCAAAGGGUCUCCAAAGCUUGGUUCUUUAUGAGAAUUCGUUUUCCGGAACGGUGCCGUUUGAGGUUAGCAAUCUUGAGUAUCUUCAGACAUUGGAUUUAUCUCGUAAUUUGUUUAAUGGGUCGUUGCCCACGUUGUUGAUUCAGUGCAAAAGGUUGAGGAAUCUUGAUCUUAGUCAUAAUAAUUUUAGUGGCCUUUUGCCUAUUGGGUUUGGUAAGAAUUUGGGUUUGUUGGAAAAGCUUGAUCUUUCAUUCAACGCCUUUAGUGGUUCAAUUCCUAGUGAUUUAGGGUUCUUGUCUAAUUUGCAAGGGACUGUUGAUUUGUCUCAUAAUAUGUUUAAUGGCUCGAUUCCUAUUAGUCUCGGUAAUUUACCGGAGAAAGUUUACAUCGAUCUUACGUAUAAUAAACUAACCGGUCCGAUUCCGCAGAACGGGGCUUUGAUAAAUCGAGGGCCGACGGCUUUUAUCGGUAACCCUGGUCUUUGUGGUCCUCCGUUGAAGAAUCUUUGUUCUUCUGAUAGUCAAGAAAGUAGUACUUCACCUUCGUCGGUUCCUUACUUACCGAAUAACAAUCCGAGCCGAGGUGUGAGUGGACGAGGGCUGAGUAAAGCUGCUGUGGUUGCUAUUAUUGUCGGGGAUAUAAUCGGUAUUUGUGUUAUUGGUUUGCUGUUUUCGUAUUGCUACUCGAGAAUUUGCGGUUGUGGUGGUGGUAUUAAAAGAAAGGAUGAAAAUGCGUACGGUUUUGGGAAGGGUAGUAAAGGAAGAAAGGAAUGUUUGUGCUUUACGAAAGAUGAAUCGGAGACUCUGUCUGAAAAUGUCGAGCAAUACGGCUUAGUGCCUUUGGACACGCAUAUAGCGUUCGAUUUAGACGAGCUUUUGAAGGCGUCCGCUUUUGUUCUUGGCAAGAGCGGAAUCGGGAUUGUGUACAAAGUUGUGCUUGAGGACGGGCUUACUUUAGCUGUCAGAAGAUUGGGCGAAGGCGGUUCGCAAAGGCUUAAAGAAUUUCAGACGGAAGUCGAAGCCAUCGGAAAAUUGCGACACCCGAAUAUCGUAACACUCAAAGCUUACUAUUGGUCGGUCGAUGAGAAGCUUCUGAUUUACGAUUUUGUCCCUAAUGACAAUCUUGCUACUGCACUUCAUGGAAAACCCGGGUUGGUAACAUUUACGCCGCUUUCAUGGUCUGCUCGAUUAAAGAUAAUGAAAGGAGUAGCGAAAGGGCUCGUUUAUCUACACGAGUACAGCCCCAAAAAAUACGUACACGGUGAUCUUAAACCAUCCAACAUACUACUCGGCCACGACAUGGAGCCGAAGAUUUCCAAUUUCGGCCUCGGCCGAUUAGCCAACAUAGCUGGUGGGUCCCCCACAAUGCAGUCGAACCGAAUGGUAAUUACCGAAAAACCGCAACAACAGAUCAGCAGCUCCGCAUCAGCUUCGGAAGCAGCCACGUUUGCGUCUUCUUACAGCUCGUACUAUCAAGCGCCCGAGGCGUUGAAAGUGGUGAAGCCGUCUCAAAAGUGGGAUAUAUAUUCGUACGGUGUGAUUUUGCUCGAGAUGAUUACGGGUAGAUCGCCGUGGUUAUCGUGCGCCACACUCGCCGUACGUGCGUCUGGGGUGCGUUUUCGAACCUGA